CUUUUUCUUUCAUCACUUGUGAUUUCUCACUCAAGAAACCCCAAAAUCAAUUUCUCUCAAACCCCAACCCCGUAAAACCCCAGACCCGUGAAACUUUCUCUCGCUCACCUUCGCCUGCGCGUCGCCGGCGAUUCUUUCAGGCUCGCCGGAGUUUCUCUCUUGUCGGCGCUGUUGAUGUUCUCAUUUUCUCUCUCCUCCUCUUUUUCGUCGCUGUUGUUGUUGUUUUCAGCGGUGCUGCCGCUCAGUCUUCCAGUCGGAGAGAAAAGCAAACCCUCAAAAACCCUAACUCCCUGCCUAAGCCGCAGCCUGCCGGAAUCCAGCCACGAUCCGCCUGGAAGCCAUACGUCCUUUGCUUCUUCCGUGUUUCAGAUAAGAGAUCAAAAACGGACUGCUGCCUUGAAUGAAAAAAGAGCAUUAAGUGGAUCAACAAGUCCACCUCGUGUUAUUGUCUUAUUUGGUCUCUCUGCUCAUGUUGACCUGAAUUCCGUCGAAAGAGAUCUGUUGGCAUUACUAUCACCACAAUGCAGCAAUGAAGUAUUUCCUACCGUUGUCUCCUCCGAAUACAAGAUGAGAGCCACGGUGCUGAAAGCUCCUCAUGGUGAUCUAUCCUCAUGCAUGGAUAUGGCCAAGGUUGCUGAUUUGGUGGCUUUUGUCGCAUCUGCGAGCUUUAAAUGUGAAGAUGGCUCAUCUGAUUAUAUUGAUUCAUUUGGAGCACAGUGCCUUUCUCUGUUUAAAGCCAUAGGCUUACCAAGUACCGCUGUCUUGAUCCGUGAUCUACCUAUUGACUUGAAAGGGAGAAAUGAAUCUAAGAAAAUCUGUAGUUCCAGUCUCACUUCUGAAUUUCCUGAUCAUUGUAAACUUUAUCCAGCGGAUACAAAGGAUGAUCUCCAUAAGUUCUUGUACUUGUUCAAGGAUCAAAAGUUGAAAUCUCCUCACUGGAGAAACCAGCGAGCUUAUGUUGCUUCUCAGAAGCUUGAAUUGCGUGAUCAUGAUUCCGUUUCUGAUAAGUGUACCCUCUGUGUCACUGGUUAUAUCCGUGCUCGUAAUCUUUCUGUAAACCAGCUGGUUCAUGUCUCUGGAGCAGGUGAUUUUCAGCUGUGCAAAAUUGACAUACUAAGGGACCCGUAUGCCCUAAAUCCCAGGAAAGGACAUGACUCUAUGGAUGCUGAUGAUGUGCUUGAUCUGAAGGUUAUUAGCUCUUUAGUGCCUGAUAUUUCAAAGCAAGAGCCUUUGCACGUUGAAAAUGUUCCCGAUCCUCUUGCUGGAGAGCAGACUUGGCCAACUGAGGCUGAAAUGGCUGCGGCAGAGGAAAAUCAGAAGAAUAAGAAAUUGAAGAAGAGGAGACUUCCACCUGGUACUUCAGAAUACCAGGCUGCUUGGAUUUUGGAUGGCAGUGACGAGGAUGAUGUUGGCAGCGGUGAUGAGUCAAAUGAUGGCAUGGUCUUGGAUGAGUCAGAAACCGAUGUUUAUUCUAGUGAGAUCUCUAAAAAUUUUGACUUUGAUGAAGAUCAAGGAUCUGUUGACCUUGGGGAAUCUGAUGGAGGCACAGAGACUGAUUCAGUGAUGAUGGACGGGGAUAUGACUAAGGAGCAGAUAGAAGAUGAUAUCAAAAGAUUAAAAGAAGCUCAUGCGGAAGAUGAGGAAUACCCAGAUGAAGUCGAUACUCCAAUAGACGUGCCUGCUAGAAAGCGUUUUGCUAAGUACAGAGGCCUGAAGUCCUUUAGAACAUCUUCAUGGGAUCCUAAGGAAUCACUGCCUCCAGAAUAUGCUAGAAUAUUCACCUUUGAUAAUUUUGCAAGAACUCGAAAACAUGUGACUGCUAAAGCCUUGGAACAGGACAGAGAAAGUUCCGAUGACACUGUCUCACCUGGCACAUAUGCAAGGCUCUAUAUCAAAGAAGUACCAAAAACUGUUGCUUCAACUUUAUGUUUGCGUGCAAAGAUAAUUCCCAUUAUAACAUGUGGGCUAUUGCAACACGAGUCCAAGAUGUCGGUUCUGCACUUCAGCAUUAAGAAGCACGAUAGUUAUCAAGAACCAAUUAAAGGGAAAGAGGAACUAAUAUUUCAUGUUGGUUUCCGGCAGUAUGUUGCAAGGCCAAUAUAUUCUUCCGAUAGCAUCAAUUCGGACAAGCACAAGAUGGAGAGAUUUCUGCAUGCAGGACGCUUUUCUGUAGCUUCAAUAUAUGCUCCAAUUUCAUUUCCACCUUCUUGUUUGGUUGCCAUGAAGAUAGCAGGAGACAUGGGCUCACCUGUUUUAGCUGCUGUCGGUUCUUUGCUAAGUGUUGAUCCAGAUAGGAUAAUGCUGAAGAAGAUAAUUUUGACUGGUUAUCCCCAGAGAGUUUCAAAAGUAAGAGCGACAGUCAGAUAUAUGUUCCACAAUCCAGAAGAUGUCAAAUGGUUCAAGCCUGUAGAAGUAUGGACUAAAUGUGGACGUCGUGGUCGUAUAACAGAGCCUGUUGGAACACAUGGGGCAAUGAAGUGUCACUUGAAUGGAGUCCUUCAGCAAAAUGACACUCUCUGCAUGAGCCUGUUUAAACGUGCGUACCCCAAGUGGCCCGAACACAAAUUUCCGUUGUCCACCAUGUGAUAUAAUGGAAUCUUGGUUUGAAGAAUUGCCAAUUCUCAGUUCAGCGCAGGGAUAAAACAUUCUGCUGCUGUGAUCGGGAAUGAAGCGCAGGUUCAGAAUUAAUUCUUCAUACUUUUAUUUGCUUGUAUGGUGUAGGUUAGCUAUUCUUGAAUACAUCUAUUAACCUUUACGAAUGUACCCACUGAUUUUGAGGGGCACAAAAAUUUUGCUGAGAUUGUCAAUGUAGAUGUUUUUGAUAGGCUUUUAUACCAGUAUAGUAUGUGUAGUGUGAAUCGUGAGAUAAUCAGAUAGGGAAAAGAAAGAAUUUAUUGUAAUGUCAAUUAGGGAAAUCAAGCCCAUUUUUUUUAUGUAUAUCUUUCUGUGUAUUUGUUGUUUACCGAUUUUUUGUUAUCUUUAUUAAUGGAUACAAUUAAGAAUGUAUAACAAAUUGUAUCCUUGCAUUUGGCAAGAGUAUGAAUAUUUUUACUUGAAUAGUUGAAUCUUAUUUGAUA